AUGUCCGAAAAGGUACCAUUCUCAUUAUUACGAAAUCCAAUUUCAUUUGUUUCUUCAAGAUCUUUGCAAACUGUAGCUAAUGUUCAGUCAGAGGAGGAAGACAGAAAAAAAUUAGCGGAAAAUAUAACAAAAUUUUAUCAAAGUGUAAUUUCACUUCCAACAAAAAAUGUACGAAAAGGUAAAAUAAAAACUCUAAAGAGACAAGGAAUAAUAAACAAGAAAAGUAUCACAAAUAAUACAAGUUUAAAGGAUUGUUUUUCACUAUUAAAUAAUAAGAGUUCUUCCGAAAGCUUAGAAAGAUUAUUAGAAUAUAAUGACGAGGACGUUAUAAUUAAACACAAUGACAAGAACGAUAAGAAAAAGAACGUUGAAAUUAGUGAUUCAAAUACAGUAGAAAAUGAUGAGAAAUUGUGGUGCGUGGAUUGUGGAAUUUUGGUUGAAAAAAUUUUAUAUCAAAGUCAUAUUCACGGCACAGCGCACCUUGUUAUAUCAAAAAGCUUAAAUGAUCAAUCUAUACCGGAUCCAUUGGCAUUAAAUGAGACUAAUGUAGGAUUUAGAAUGUUACGUGAUCAAGGAUGGAGAUAUGAAAAAGGACUCGGCGUAAAUGAACAAGGUAGAAGACAUCCAAUACCAACAAGACUAAAAAAUGAUAGGUUAGGUAUUGGUGUGAAAAAAACCAAUCAACCACCAAAGAUAAGAUUAAAGAGACUGAAUGCAAAACAAACAGCUGAACAAUAUGAAAAAGAUCGUAAAGAUAAGAUUAGGAUGCUUGCUUAUAUGAACAGAUGA